AGUUUGGGGCGGGGCCGGCGGUCGCGAGUUCCUGCGCUUGCGCAAAGAUGGUGGAGGAAGAGAAGAACCUCCGCGUGGUUCGUUGUGGCGGCAGCGAGUUGAACUUUAGGAGAGCGGUGUUCUCUGCAGAUUCCAAGUACAUCUUCUGUGUCUCUGGAGACUUUAUUAAAGUUUAUAGCACAGCCACAGAAGAAUGUGUACACAUACUGCAAGGGCACAGACAUCUGGUGACUGGAAUCCAGCUCAACCCCAACAACCAUCUGCAGCUGUAUUCCUGUUCCUUUGAUGGCACAAUUAAACUGUGGGACUAUAUAGAUGGCAUUUUGAUAAAGACUUUCAUAGUUGGACAUAAACUUCAUGCCCUUUUUUCUCUUGCCUGUGCUGAGGACUCUGUCUUUGUUAUAAUAAAUAAAGAAAAGCCAGAUAUAUUUCAGCUGGUUUCAGUGAAACUACCAAGAUCAUCAAGUCAGGAAAUAGAAGCUAAGGAGCUCUCCAUUGUUUUGGAUUACAUAAACCAGUCACCCAAGUGCAUUGCCUUUGGAAAUGAGGGACAAUAUGUUGCUGCAGUACGAGACUUUUACUUGUCUGUUUAUUUUUUCAAAAAGAAAACAACCUCACGGUUUACUUUAUCAUCAUCAAGAAAUAAGAAACAUGCUAAGAACAAUUUUACAUGUGUAGCAUGUCACCCAAAGGAAGACUGCAUAGCAACUGGUCACAAGGAUGGCAAAAUUCGUCUUUGGAGAAAUUUUGAUGAUGAAAAGAAAUACACAUACACAUGUUUACAUUGGCACCAUGAUUUGGUUAUGGAUUUGGCUUUUUCAGUGACAGGCAGCAGUCUGCUUAGUGGUGGCCGUGAGUCUGUCCUCGUUGAGUGGCGCGAGGCGACAGAGAAGAAUAAGGAGUUCCUCCCCCGUUUAGGAGCUACUAUUGUACAUAUCUCAGUGUCUCCAGCGGGGGAUUUGUUCUGUACUUCACACUCCGAUAACAAGAUAAUAAUCAUUCACCGGAAUCUUGAGGCGUCCGCAGUAAUUCAAGGCCUAGUGAAAGACAGCAAUAUCUUUACUGGUUUGAUGAUUGAUCCAAGAACUAAAGCUUUGGUUUUGAAUGGAAAACCUGGCCACUUGCAGUUUUAUUCUCUACAGAGUGAUAAACAGCUAUACAAUUUAGAUAUUAUACAGCAGGAAUAUAUCAAUGACUAUGGUCUGAUCCAGAUUGAGCUAACAAAGGCUGCAUUUGGCUGCUAUGGCAAUUGGCUUGCAACAGUGGAACAACGUCAAGAAAAGGAAACUGAGCUUGAAUUGCAGAUGAAACUGUGGAUGUACAAUAAGAAAACACAAGGGUUUGUUCUUAAUACAAAGAUUAACAUGCCACAUGAAGACCACAUCACAGAUCUCUGUUUCUGUAAUGCAGAAAAAUCUGAAAACCCCACCUUGGUGACAGCAAGUAGAGAUGGUCACUUCAAAGUGUGGAUAUUAACAGACGAUUCUGAUAUAUACAGAAAAGCUGUUGGCUGGACCUGUGAUUUUGUGGGUAGUUACCACAAAUACCAAGCAACUAACUGUUGUUUCUCCGAAGAUGGCUCUUUACUAGCGGUUAGUUUUGAGGAAAUAGUUACAAUAUGGGAUUCAGAGACAUGGGAACUUAAGUGUACAUUUUGUCAACGAGCUGGGAAAAUAAGGCACCUUUGCUUUGGGAGAUUGACUUGUUCGAAGUAUCUUCUUGGUGCCACUGAAAAUGGCAUUCUAUGCUGUUGGAAUCUGCUCAGUUGUGCAUUGGAGUGGAGUGCAAAAUUAAGUGUUGGAGUUAUGGAACCUGAUCCCAAUUCAGAGAACAUUGCUGUGGUCUCUCAGUCUCCCGUGGGCUCAGACUUGUUUGUAUUUAAACCUAGUGAGCCAAGGCCACUGUACAUUCAAAAGAAUAUCUCCAGAGAGGAGGUCCAGUGGGGAGUGUUUGUUCCACGAGAUGUCCCUGAAUCAUUCACCUCAGAAGCUUACCAGUGGCUCAACAGAUCCCAGUUUUACUUCCUAACAAAAUCACAGAGUUUACUGACAUUCAGUACAACGUCUCCAGAGGAAAAACUCACACCAACAAGCAAACAGCUGUUAGCAGAAGAAAGUCUUCCGACAACCCCGUUUUAUUUUAUACUGGGAAAGCACAGGCAGCAACAGCAGGAUGAGAAAUUAAACAAAGCCUUGGAGAAUGAACUGGAACAGCUGCCCUUAACAGAAAACAUACCUGCAAUUAGUGAGCUUCUUCACACCCCAGCCCAUGUACUGCCAUCUGCUUCUUUCCUGUGCUCCAUGUUUGUAAAUUCAUUGCUGCUGUCUACAGAGACUAAGAGUGCUGAAGAAGUUCCUGAUGAUGCAGAUAUGGAAGAGGAAAAAGAAAGUGACGAUUCAGAUGAAGAAAAUAAUUUCACAGAAGAGGUCCAGGAUACAAAUACCACAGAUUUGGGAGAAGACAUUAUACAUCAGUUGUCAAAAUCUGAAGAAAAGGAACUUAGAAAAUUGAGGAAAGUGGACUACAGCUGGAUAGCUGCCCUUUAAGACUUGGAGAAUGGGGGUGGGUUCUUGCACUUUGUUUUUGUUGUUUUUUAUUGUAUGUUGAUAGUCCAAGAAUCUAUUUUAAUAUUAUUUCUGUUUUUAAAAAUGUUAAAAAUACUAACAGGCUUUACUGUUUGAAUAACAUACUAUGAAGCUCUGUUCGCAUCAUGUUUUACAGCUGCUGUGCACAUUCAUAUAUACAUCAUCUCAUUCGUGCUCAGUCACACAUCAGCCUUUUAAAGUAGCUCUUUUCUUCACAGGUGAUACAGCAGAGCCAGGACUUGAAUUUACACAGCAUGUGUCCCCUUAUUUGCAAUUUGGAGUAAAAGGUUUUAAAAAUCAAACUUCGUUGAUGAUAUUGUUUUAAGUUCAAGAUUCAUUUGGUGGCCAAAUACGACCUGAACUGAUGUGAGGUUUUCUGUAGCCUUGACUCAUCCCUCUUAGUGUAUUUAUUUCUCAUAGUGAAAAUUAGAGAAAUGAUUUGAUUAUGGUGCUGUUCCACAGACCCCACUGAGGGUAACAUAUAAUAUGAGCUGCCUAAAAUCUGAAAAAUUCUAAAUUCACAUCAUGUGGCUCCAUAACUUUCAAAUAAGGGCUUGUCUACUGUACUUGUAAAUCUUAAUUUCCAUGACCGCCUUGGCAGAUAAGAAGAGCUGGUAUUACUCUGUCAGUGUUAUUCCUGUGUAUACUGAGUCAAAUAACUACUUUCUAACCAGAGUCCCAUUGCUAGUAGAAUGCAGGUCUCCUCUAUGUUAUGUUAAAGUAUUGAGGUUGCUACAUUUUAACCACUUAGCAUAUUCACAGAGUUACACAUCCUCACUGCAGAACUCAACCCAUUACCAGUCACUCUCAGCCUACCCCACGCCACACCCACCAACAGUUCUGUCUCUGCAGAUAUGCCUAUUCUGGACUUUUCAUACAAACAGAAUCAUAUAAUAAGUGGUCUUUGUGACUGGUUUCUUUUACUUCACAUUCAUUCUACAGAAAGUACAGCAUGUAUCAGUACUUCAUUUCUUUUUAUUAAUUUAAUUUCACCUGGUUAUAUACCUAGGAGCAGAAUUUCUGAGUUACUUGGUAACUGUUUAAUUUUUUAAAGAACUACAAAACUAUUCUACAAAUCAGCUGCAGCAUUACAUUAUGUGGAGCAUAAAUUGUUCCACAGUCUGAUCCAUUAAAUUUAGGUCCCUCUUGGGGGUUAUUUUUUGAGGCCAGUCUUUGAGGUUCCUGUGAGGACUCUGUCUCUUCUCUUGGUUCUUUUUGGUAAACUAGCUGAUGUAUAGGUAAGCUUGUUUUCUUGGAGCUACUAGCCUGCUCUUAAGUGCUUACCACCAAAAUCUCCAUUGUUUUCAAGAAUACCCUAAAUUGGGGAGUUUGAGAUUUGCAAAUGUUAGCCACUAUAUGUAAAAGUAGAUUUAAAUAUAUAUAUAUAUUCUUAGACUUGAACUUCACUCUUUCAAAUAAUGUCACAGCUCUCUAUUUUUACAGACUGCCUCCUGGGCAAAAUCUUUCAGCCACUGCUCCUGAAAGGGGUGGGACAGGCACAGUAACCCCUUCUCUCAGUGUCAAAGUGACACCCCUGCUUUACAAAUGGCAGAGACAGUAGCCUCUGGUUUUUGUCUCUCCUGACUGGACCCUCCCCUGCCAGCUGGGGCAAGGAUGUCCGGAGUCCAGUAUUCUCAGCCUGGGGAGUGGGGCUCUGACAUAGUUACAAAGUCGUUAUUUUGCCAUGUUCAGACACUGACAUGGUACCUCCAGGUUUAAGAAAUAUUUUUUGCAGUUAGGUAUGAAAAGUUUCAUACUUUAAAAAUUAUUCAAAGUAAAUUUGGCUCUUUUUAAGUGUAGAUCUUUCUGAGGAGUUAAUCUCAUACACCACAGCAUGACAACCUUAUUCUAAUUUCUCCUGAUACUAAAAAAGAAUUUUUUUCCCCAGAGACAACUGUACAGAUAAAAAGAUAGUAGCCACUCUGUUCCUUAAUAUCUGGACUUUCAGGCCCAAUUAAUCAAUCCAUGAAGACUGGUCACCUUCUAGCCUCCCUCAGUUAUCUGAUUUAUCUUUCAAGGCAGGAACCCAUCACUUUGCGCUCACUAGGGCAGCCUGUACCUCAGGAAGCAUAGGCUUCAGCCUCACCGAGGGAGGGACCACAGAUGAACCGCGUACCACGGGCUGCACGGAUCACACUUUCACCACAACUCCAUGUCAGCUAUUUACCCCAAUCUGACAAUUGAGGAAACUGGCUCCAUAGAUCACUGGGUUCUCAAGAAGUGGGACUAAAACAGCCCCUCCCUCUCCAUCAAAUAACAAAUCCUGUGCUCUUCAUAGAAUAGCAUGGUGUCUCCCAGGCACUUAAUGCUACUAGCUAGCGUUACAAAGGCAUCGUUAAUUGGGGGUGGCGUUGUGAUAAAAGACAAGUGAAUAGCCCAGGUUUGGGGCUAAGUCCCAGCUGCAGACAGCUAGCUAGCUCUGUGACCUGGCUACAGUCCCUUACUUACUGUGUCGGAGCUUCAGUCCCCUCCUCUGUAAAAUGAAAUGCUCCUCCCCAUGCAAAUGGUUUUGACUGCCUCGUGCUAUUAUGUUCCAAAUAUAAACAAAGUGUAUAAAAUUUGGAUAUUGUAUGAGAUUAUGCACUUGACUAUAUGCAAACUUUCAAUGAAAAAUCUAGGCUAAUUAAAUAGCUGCACAUUAAUUAGAAUAGGCUUAUUGUUAAUGUGUCAAAACAAUUUCUCUUUGGUUUCUUUGCUUUUUUUCCCCUUUUCACAGACUAGCACUCAGUAUAGAAAUUAUAGAAUAUGUUGUAACGCUGUGUAAUUCCAAAUAAUUCCAGGUCUUCAUACUAUGAUUGUUAUGGGGCCUUUAAGGGAAACCUAUUAAGUUAAACAUAACGAUUUGGUUUAAAUUAGCUGAGUCUUGUAAAUGGCACUGAUUUUUCUGAGGCUACUUUAUCUGAACUACUGCUUCAGAAAAUUGUGUUUUCCUCUGUUAGCUUCUUGUGUGUUUCUUGAUAACCAUGAAAGUAGCAAAAGUAUUUUUCAACACCAUAGUCAAGCUUCUGUGUCACUGCACAGUCCUAGAUGAAAUGGCGAAAGAUAAGACCCAGGAAGGAUACAUGAGCCCAGAAGAUUAUUCAUCAUUGACAUUAAAGAGAAAUAGAAAUGGAAGUAACUGGGAUUUAAUAGUAUACAUGGUAUACACGUAUCCAUGUAGAAUGUAUACACGCAGUAUCCAUGGUACGCAGGGAGGAGAGAAUGUGAGUACAAUGCAGUCAACCAGAGAGAUGCACAUGCAAUCGGUGAUUCAGUUGCUCGAAUUGCUUUUGUUUUUCUAAAACCAUGAGCAGCACCACUUAAUCUGAGUUAUAGUUCAUUCACCAAACUGCAUAAUUAAGACAAGCUGACUUCUAACUCUUACUCUGUGACCACAAAACUAAGAUGUUAGACUGGUAUAUUACAGCCCCCACUCCCACCCUGCACCCCAAAAUGCCAAGGAUCUAGUCUUGCAAAUACUAAAUAUGUGGUACCUGUAUAGAAGCAUAUACCUAUCUUAGUUUCCCAUCUUCAGGCAUGACAUACCUCAGGCUUGGAAACUCCUCUGGAGAUCAGAGCACUUGGUUCACAAAAUGAAAUAAUCAGACAUGAAAGCACACCAGUUCCUCCCAUUGUUGUGUUGGGUUUUGAUAAUCCUUGUUAUUCAGUGGUCACCUACUUUAACGGAAGGACGAAUAUAAGCACUCUGAAAACAAGCACUUCAAGUGCAAAUACUGAUAUUACAUUCUAGCUCACAUAGGAAGGUUAAAUUUCAACGUCUCGUUCCCUCAGAAAUGCCUGUCUGCAGUUGUAAACUUUUGAGACCCCUAGCCCAGCUCUAUUUGGUGAGCAGUGUCUCAUGCCACAAAGACCAUUGAUCUAGGAGUCAGAAGACCUCUUUCCAACUCUGCUUCUUACUAGGUAUGUACUUGGCCUUAAGUUUAUUUGAAGCCUUAAUUUUUUAUCUCUAAAAAAGAGGGCUGUGUUUCCGUAGCUGGUCCUUUGAGAAAGUGCCCAGAAUUCUACUGGCCCUACUCAAAAGCAUAUGUAUGGCUUUGCUGCUUAUUACAACUUCCACUGGUGCUGGAGAGAAGAGAAAACAAGUAGCUUAAAAAGUUUCAUUUGUGAAUAAGAGAAAUCUACACCUACUUAGUCUUGAGAUGCCCUUGACCUAAAUCUACACUUUUCCUGAGAGACCGGGUUAAAAUUAGAAUUUCAUCAGCAACUUCCUCAGAAACUAUAAACAAAAGCGAAAAAAAAAAAAAA